AGCUUUAUUUAAUAUUCGUCUACGUGCUUGGCCGCCGCGCCCCACAGCGAGCCAGUCCUUGUUGUGGCGUCAGUGAAACUGCACGCUUCAGAGGGAACUACUUUGCCGCGCACGGCCCCGGUGCAUGAACAUCCGGGCCCUGGGCGCACGAACAAAUUCUGACGGAGUGAAAACGAGGGUUAAAUCGCUAUUCAGGAGAAGGAUAUGUCGGACCGCGAGAGUGGAGAUGACCAGCCUCAGGGUCAAAGUAAAUACGGACAAGGAGGCAUGGAUAACGUCGGCAACUCCGAUUUUGACUCCGGUCAAAACCAGCAGGGCGAACAAGAGCUGGCAACAAAAAUGCUGCAAAUUCAGUCUAAAAGGUUCUAUCUAGAUGUGAAACAGAAUAGGAGAGGGCGAUUUAUCAAAGUAGCAGAAAUUAGCGCCGAUGGUAGACGAAGCCAAAUAUUUCUGGCACUAUCCACAGCAGCAGAUUUUAGAGACCACCUCUCAUCAUUUAGUGAUUAUUAUGCGUCUCUUGGGCCGCCAAACCCAGAAUCAAUGCCAGAAGAUGGCAAGCUAAAAUCAGAAAUGAUGAUCAAAGAAAACCGACGCUACUAUCUGGACCUGAAAGAGAAUUCACGUGGGCGCUUUUUGAGGGUGAGUUGUGCACAGGUAUCUCAGACCAUGGUGCGGGGCGGGCCGCGUUCCCAGAUAGCCAUCCCAGCCCAAGGCAUGAUCGAGUUCCGGGACGCCCUCACAGACCUCCUGGACGAGUUCGGCACCGACGACGGCGGCUUCAAGGGGGAACUCCCCGAGGGCCGGCAUAUGCGGGUGGAGAACAAGAACUUUUAUUUCGACAUCGGCCAAAACAACCGAGGGAUCUACAUGCGCAUUUCAGAAGUGUUGCAGGUUAAGUCGAAUUUCCGGACGGCCAUCACGGUGCCCGAGAAGUCGUGGGCGCGCUUCCGAGACAUCUUCGCCGACUACUGCGACAAGAUGAAGGAUGGCAACGCGUCCGCGUCGGGAGGUUCGAGUGGGGACAAGGACGCCGUCAGGGACUCCACCAGGGACCCCGUCAGGGACAGGCCCUCGUCAAGCGGCGCGGACGGCGGCCCGGGCACCGGCUCCGGCCCCAAGUGAGGCCCGUGUGCCCUAGACACAAUAAUGUCCCUUGACUGGUUCAAGGUCCCACGCCAAUCCCUCCAAGACGGCCGACACCCACAUCGACAUCGACGCGAACGCGAUAACAGGACUCGUUGACAGUGGGGACCCAGUAGAUAUUGUAAAGGAAAUGAAAUUAACAAUAGACUCAGUCUGCCGUUGGAUUUUGGUCUAGGCUGCCAGGGCUUUCAGUAGAAGAUAGUCCUGUAUUAAUGGAGAUUGUUAGUGGGUGAAUGAACUAAAGUUGGUAUUGGACGGACACUAUUUUUGGACUGGGUGGUGCUGCUGUUGCUGCCAUUCCAUGUUGGUAAAGAGUCGAUGGGUCGGCUGGGUGUUGAAAUCUUGCACACACUCUUCAAGACAAAGAUAUAAGGUACAAAGUUGAUAUGUUCAUUCUUGAGCCAUAUAAGAUUGCUGUUGAAACAAAAAAAAAAUGUAUAGUACUCAGAUUUGCAAAGUAAUGUGAACAUGUGAAUUUUAGUCAAGGCAAGAAAUUCUUAUAGGUGUCAAUCAAUUAAUAUUAUCUGUUUCUGUUGUUAUAUGUUUUUAUCUUCAUAAGAGUCACUGCGUGAACUAAAUUGAUCUUUACUUAUAUAGUACAUAAAUAUAUAAUCUGUUGACGUCUUGUUUUGGCUGUUAUUGGAAUUCAAACCAAGUUUUUUGUUACAUAAAGUUCAUUUAUUUUGUUUCGUUUUUGUUUUUGUUUUGCUUUGAUUAGUCCUUUAAUACAAAUGUGUUCAAGGAUAUGUUGGAAAAGUGUACAGCAAAGAAUAUGCUGAGGCUGUUUAAGUCGCCCAUACUUUUAUGUUUUGAAUGUUCUUCCUUUCAUUUUGUUUGAACUGACAUCAGCCUGUGAUAUGCCUUAGCUUACUCAAUGGGGCCAACCCAUUUCACAUUAUGCAUUAAAGAAAUAGAUGUUUGUCCCUUUUGACACGGGUCCCAAACAUUCAUUCUAAAUCAUUUUGACUACCUUGUAGACGUAACAUACACAAAGGCCAUGUUGAAUUGCUAAGUGAGUGGUUGUGCUCUUGCAUGCCUCGUACCAUGCCGCCAGCCACUCUGCGGUAAGACAACACUUGUGUGGUAUGGUACAAAUUAUGUAUAUACCUAUACAAUCCAAAUUUUUUUUUAGAAUAUGAAAUAUUGCAGAGCGUUUUGUGAAGGCAUGUGUAACCAUCAAUGUAACCAUAAAUUGAAGGGUAUGCUGCGGUGCAGUCGGUUGAACAAUUUGUUGAGUAGGAGACCUCCGUCUGUAUGACAGAUAAGUGGCUCCAGUAUUGAUUAUAUUUGUAUAAAUCUCUUUGGUCUUUUCCAUCUCUUGCGCCUAGCGCUGUUCGUGGACCGUUCUCUUUAAUCUAGCCAAUUAAAUGACCGAUUUAUUGGAAAGAUUGCAAAGAAAAAUUGGUUUUCUAUGUGUAAUUUACAUACUACCACAAUAUUUAACAGAAUCAUUUUUGUCUUGUUGUGUUUAAUAGAUUGGUUUAAGAAGUAUGUUAAGUACAGUAGGAAGAUAAAAGAGAAAAUUAACUACUUAUUUUGAUUGCUUUAUUUCUUUGUUGUAUUGUUGUAAACAAAGAGAGAAACAUGCUCUUUGAUGGAGAUUUUCAAAGUUUAAAUGUGUUGACAAGAGAAAGGUUUAGAUGCUGGAAAGGUUUAUAUUUGAAGUGAAGGUUGGGUGGUGAUGAUAGACUUAGCACAGAAGGUUAUUUUUGGAAGAUUCUGCUAAGAGACGCUUGUUGGGGUUGGAAUGUUUUGGUUGUUCUCAUGAUACCUCUCCUCCAUCAAUAUAGUGAAACUAUAAUUUAUUUCAUGUUUUAUAUGAUUAAGUAAAUGCACAUAAUGUGCUCCCCUUAUUACACUGUCUUUCUUGAAGCCUUUCUGGUUCAACCAGUAUCCAUAUCAUUUGGAAACCUCUGAGACCCAAGCUGUACUUCCACAGCGAGGACCAUCAUGUCCUCAGGUCCUUAAAACUUUCAAGGACAGCACCUUGACGAACAAAACCAAUACACCACACUUGGAGGACAUUCCAAAAUGAGAGGCUGUUUAUUGUUUGGAUAAUUAUAUUUUGUGAAGUAAUGUGUUUGCAUAAAAGUAUGCUAGUACUAGUAAAGUACUAAAACAAAGAGCUGCUUCCAACCCCUACCUAGCUUUUUCUCAUUACUUCUGUUGUAAGGGUAGCACAUUCUGGGUUGCUGGUCAACCCAGUGGAAUGAGCAGAUUUGUAGAUAUGAGUUAUAAGAUAUAAGAAUUUUUGGAGAGGCUCCAAGAGGCGUUUGAAUGUUGUGUUGUUGGCAAUGAAAUUGUUAAUGUGUGUGGUUUUAGCACAGGUGGCAGGCCGAUUUUUAUGGUGGUAGGGAUCUGUACAGACUAGGCUAGAUGUCACAGGAUGUCACAGAAUAAAAAAUAAAAAAUACAUUAAAAUUAAAAAAAAGCCUGGGCUGUUGGGAACCUAGCCACUGCUCUGUAAUUAGUCAAGACAGGUUUUCUUUUUAUUAACUUUCGUCAUGAAAUGCACGUUUGGUAUAUGCAGUAAGCAAGUCUCUUUGGUUUUGUUUAAGAUCUUUUUCUUUGUUUCUUAAUUGAUUUUCGUUUUCAAUUCUUCUCAAAUUGUGAUCAAUUAUGUAAUUGUACAGCACAGGUAAAUAGGUGGUAUGUUGUAUCACUGUAGAUGCUGAAUGGUUUGGGAUAUAAGCUUAUGGGCAGCUUAAAAUAGAUAUUCUACAUGGCUAUCUAGAAUGUUUGCUGUUGCAUUUCAUUAUUUUAAAAUUUGUUGUUGAUGUGAUAUUGGACAGGCUUGGAGGCUCGUGAAGUGAGAGCCCUUGUGAUGAUUCCGCCCGUAAGAUUAAGUAAGAUUUUUACUGUGAGUGGUCUAUGAUCAAGCAUUUCCAGCUUGCUCAAGGAAAGAGAUGGUUUUGAUAUUUCUGACUAGAGAAAAAUGUUCUCCGAGACGUCUUUAUUUUAUUAUGUAUGGUAAUGAUGGCUGGCUUCACGAACCUCCGCGAGGUGCUGUACAAUACUGUUCAUAGCUGUUUAACACUGUUCUCAAAUGUUGAGUUAUAUGCAGGUGAAAGGAUUGGUUUGUAAUUUUGGGAUUGCUUUCUGGGGAGCUGUCUGUGUGGUACUUGUAUGUGCUGUAUCAAGCAUCAACACACUUUCAAAACGGGUUACCAUGUAUUAUUACUUUUACUAUUAAUUACUAUGAUUUGAAGUCAGAUCCUUUUUUAAUUACACCUAAAAUUCAGUUUGCAUUUACUUUUUAUAUGUGUUAUUGUAAGCAUGAUGAAGUUUGCAAAACCAUACAAAACUAAGUUUCAUCUCAACAUCAUCUUCACUAAAAAUGCAAACACUUCUUUGGCUGGUAAUAUUAAAUAUUUUCUGUCUAGACAAAUUAAAAGGAAUAAAAGCUAGUGGGAGGGUAUAUUGUCUGUUCAUACUGUUUUCUUCCUAUCAAGCAAACCAAACCAUUUAAAUUUUAAUAUAGCAACUGGCAUUAUUCUUGGCUCACCUCUUAUCUUCAACAGCAACAGGUUAGCUUUUUAUAAAUAACCGGAAAGAAACUCUUGAAAGUAAAAAAAAAAAAAAUUAUUUAAAAAAAUGUAUAAACUUAUUGAACUGCCAUCUAGUGUAAGAGUUGAGGCGAUUUACUCUAGUUGAUCUGUUGAAGUAAAUCCAAGAGCAUAUUAUCAUGUGGGCAAUGCACAUGUCUGUUUGAUUUGUUUUUCUCUUGACUUCUUUUAAUUUGUGUAACUUUAUCUUUAUUUCUCUCUCUAACAUCCAGCACAUUACAAGUCAAACCCACAGCAACAAGUAAAAAAGUCUUGGAGUCAGUGUUGCAUUGCAUCAAGAAUCUUAUUUGUAAAAGCAAGUACACUGCCAUUGUCCAAAUUCUGGCAGAAAGGCUCCAGUUAAAAGCUUGUUAGGGUCGUUUUUGUACGACAAAUCACUUGAUCCGUGGGUAUCUAUUGAAUUUUGUCGUUGAUUGUACUAAAUAGAUUUACUUCAGAAGUAGUGCAUUACAAAAGUAAACCCACAUCUUCUUGUUCAAGAACUUUCCUAGUUCUUUUAUGUUAGGAUAUUUGAAUGUCAUUCCAUAAAAAGUCUCACUUUCUCUCAGUUUUGUCAUUUAGGGAACAUCUGGGUGUGCUGGGCCCCUAAAAUCUGGAAUUUUCUUUUCUGUUGCAAAUUUUUGAGACUUGGUAACAAAAAAAUGAUUUUAAAAAAAAGUUAUGUAUUACCUCGGCUGGAAUCCUGUCUUUUUGGUUGUAUGUUUUGUGUAUUCAAUAUACUUACACCUUUCAACUUA